CACUCUUUUUAGUUUAUACUAGUUGUACAAACGAACUCUUAAAUGUAAUUAAACUUUGUCCAUUUUUAUGAUAGAAAUAUACAAUUAGAUAUCAGCAUCGCAUGUUUCCAAGCCUCCCACAUCUAUCUCAUAAAUUGAGUGUAAACUGUGGCUUCCUGAGUUGAAAUACCUCUCUUGAUGCUUCACGGCCAAAGUCAGAAUGAGGUCACUGUCUCUUUAAGAAGCAUCCUGCUCAAACGCUUGCUCUUUGACUACUGUGAACUCAGAUGUCCGUCCGCAAAUCCUGGUGAGAGGAGAGGAACACAGAAGAGCUCACAUGUGAGAGAACCUCACAGGAUCACUGAUUCACACAUGGCUGGAACAUCUUAUGCAAGUCUACUGUAUGAAGAUUAACAACUUUAUUUGUAAGGAUUCACCCUCACAGUGGAUGGAGAAGGUUUAGUCUGGUUUAGUCCAGAGGGGAACAGCUCUCCAUCAUGGAUCCACUCGACAAGCUGAGCAGAGAGAAGCUGAUCUUCUAUCUGACUGUUCCACUGUCUUCAAUCAUCAUCUUCUCCAACCUCUUCAUUAUAGUGGGCAUCGCAUGCAACCGGCAGCUGCACAACACCCCAAACUACUUCUUCUUGAGUCUGCUGGUGGCCGACUUGUGCACCGGCAUCACCCUGCCUUUCAUUCCCCGCAUGACACUCGACCGGCAGCUGGACUUCAAGCAUUGUAUGGUGAUGUACAUCUUCCCCAACUUUCUGUUCUUGUCAUUCCUCUUCAACCUGGUGAUGGUGCAUUACGAGCGCUACCUGUGCAUCGUCAGCCCGCUCCACCACAGCCAGUUCUGGGUUCACCGCUGCUUCCCCUUGGCCUUGUUAACAGUUUGGCUCCCGCCGUUGCUCUACGCAUCACUUCCUGCCUUUGGAUGGAAUAAUUGGGUUGAACCCAAUGCCAACAAGAGCUCUAACCCAAAUGAGACGCAAACCACAGUUGGUAACUCCUCCAAAGACGAUGAGGUUUGCUCCUACAAACAGGUUUUUCCCAAGGCCUUCAUUUAUCUGGAAGUGUGCGGACUGGUGCUGCCAGCCAUGCUGUCCAUUGUCGGCAUGACGGGACGGGUGUUGUGGAUCGCACGCAAGCAGCUGCAGAACAUCUGCAAGCUCCACCGCGCUGUGGACCGUCUUCAGCAGCAGCAGCCGACCGACCACGAGCAGCAGCUUAACCUGCGUUACGCCAAAUGCGUGGCCGCCGUGUCCCUCACGUUCUUGGUCUGCUGGGUUCCGUACAUCAUCUACCAGCUCAUGUCCGUGACGGCUCUGCAGGGCGGGGUGAGCUUGCCAAGCUCCUCUCUGUACAUCAUCAUGUCCUGUACGGGAAUCGGGAGCAUGGCCGUCAUUCCACUGAUACUGGGACUGGCCAACAAGCAGUACACUGAGCCCAUCCGCAGGGUGAUCCGUAAACUGAGAAACCGCUGGAGAGGAGGACAGAACAAUAGAGAUAUCACGCUUUGACGCUUGGACAAUGAGUCAUAGGAUGUUUAAAUUGAAUGUGUAAAUAAAAGUUGUGCAUUAAAUGCUUUAUAUACACUACACUGUAAAAAUGAUUUGAAACUUUAAUGGUAAAAGAUACUAGAGUGAAAAACAGUUAAUUGGUUAACAGAAAGUUUCCGUACUAUAUAUGGUGAAUAACUGUAAUAGAUCUAACCGUACAUUUAAUGUAAUUUUACAGUAAAAUACCAUUAAAUUUAGUUUUUGGAAGUGAAAAAGAACGUCAUUGUAUAAUUUACAGUAAAAAAAAUGUAAAUUGACAUUCCCAGAAUUCCAUAUUGCACUUCACAUUUGGUGUAUUUUUGUUCAAAUAACUUGUUUCUUCUUAGUUUUUCUUAGUUUUUUAAUGUUGUUAAAUUAAUGUUUGUUGCAUUUUUUAUGCAAUCCACUGUGUUUGGUAGUUGUCAGUGUAUUAUACAGGUAGAAAAUAGAUAUUAGUUCAAUAGGUUGGUAAAUUAACAUUAUAUCAAUUAAUGAAAUAUGGUAUUUUACUGUAAAUUUAAGUUAAAUCUGUAAAACCUAAAAUGUUGCUACCAUAUUCUUUACUGUAAAUUUUUUCGGCAACAACAGCUGCCAGUUUUUUACCGUAAAUUUAACAGAAUUAUUUUUUUUACAGUGUACUGUUUAAAAAUUUGGGGUCGGUAAGAAUUUUUUUUAUGUUUUUGAAAGAAGUCUCUUAUGCUUAUAAAGCCUGCAUUUAUUUGAUCAAAAAUACAGUAAAAACAGUAAUAUUAUUACUAUUUAAAAUAACUGUUUUCUAUUUUAAUAGAUUUUAAAAUAUAAUUUAUUCCUGUGAUGCAAAGCUGAAUUUUCAGCAUCAUUACUCCAGUCUUCAGUGUCACAUGAUCCUUCAGAAAUCAUUCUAAUAUGCUGAUUUGCUGCUCAAGAAAAAUUAUCAAUGUUUAAAACAGCUGUGCUGCUUCAUAUUUUUGUGGAAACCAUGAUACAUUUUUUUAAGGUUUCUUAGAUGAAUAAAAUGCUCAAAAGAACAGCAUUUUUUUGGAAUUCAAACAUUUUUUGUUACAUUAUAAAUGUCUUUACUGUCACUUUUGUUCAAUUUUAUGUCGUUCCUAAAUAAAAGUAAUAAUUUCUUUUUAAAAAAUCUUAUAGACUCUAAACUUUUAAACUGUAGUGUAAAAUAACAAAACACUCUAUUAGCUAGAAAUCACAUCUAUCUAUCCCAGGCUCAACAAUAUGGAUGGCACGUUGGCCCGGGGUUUAUUACGGAGAGUUUGUGUUGCCACUGUAAAUCUUACAUUUGUUCAUCUUGUGCAUGUUUUUAUGCCUUGCAAACAUAAAUGUUUAGUUUUGUGUGAUGUGUUGUUGUUGCAAAUUGUGCUGAUUUGUCACCAAGAUCAUACUGAAGGAAGCAUCAGUAAAAAUGUUGAAAACUACAAACCGUUUAAUGUUUUACACCGCAUAAAUGUGUUUAUACAUUUACGGAAUGGUAUUAAAGCUGUAUAUUUAAGCACA